CGGAACCCUGAAGGCGCCUUCAGCUCAGGAAUUUAGCGAGCCUGGUGCACCCCGGAGUCCGACCCCAGUUCUGUUCCAGCACCACCUCCUGCUCUGCGCCCGGGUUCACCUUUUCAUCCCCCCACCCCUUUCUCCGUCCAGCGGUGUCCUGCGUGGCUGCAGCCUCCGCGGCUGGCUGAGCGCUCUGCCCUCUGCAUCUGCUCCUCCUCCUCCUCUUCAGUCCCCCACUCGGCGCAGCGCAGCGCGCCGCGCUCCGGGCUCCUCUCGCCGCAGCCCAAGAGCCCUGGCGGACUGGGGCUCCGGAGGGGAGUGCACCAGAGCCGGGCUUUGACAGAAGCGGGGCUUAGAUAGAGCUCGAGAGAUAAAGGAGCUGCUCGGAGUGAGACUUCUGGAGCCAGCGGGACGCCCCAGUUCCCCCAGUGCGACGCGGCUGCACUCACCAUCCGCAAGGUAAUCUCUGUUCAGAAGAAAUGCUGUGGUCUUUCUCUUUACCAACAAAAACUGGACACAAGAAACUAUGGAGAUGAAUGUAUAGCCUCCUCACAGUUGAAAGGCAUUUAAGGAUAUACGCUUCCCACAGAAGAGAAAUAACCAACAGCUUCUCCACAUCAUAUAUUGGAACCUGAGAAACAUGAACCUCACGAACUGUACCACAGAUGCCAGCAUGGUUGUAAGGCCCAAGACAGUGACUGAGAAGAUGCUUAUUUGUAUGACUCUAGUGAUAAUCACCACGCUAACCAUGUUGCUGAACUCUGCUGUAAUCAUGGCCAUCUGCACCACCAAGAAGCUCCACCAGCCCGCCAACUACCUGAUCUGCUCUCUGGCAGUGACUGACCUCCUGGUGGCAGUGCUCGUCAUGCCGCUGAGCAUCAUGUACAUUGUCAUGGACAGCUGGAGGCUGGGCUACUUCAUUUGUGAAGUGUGGCUGAGUGUGGAUAUGACCUGCUGCACCUGUUCCAUCCUGCAUCUCUGUGUGAUCGCGCUGGACAGGUACUGGGCCAUCACCAAUGCUAUUGAAUAUGCCAGGAAGAGGACAGCCAAAAGGGCUGGCCUGAUGAUCCUCACUGUGUGGACUAUCUCCAUCUUCAUCUCCAUGCCCCCUCUGUUCUGGAGGAGCCACCGUCAACUCAGCCCACCCCCCAGCCAGUGUACCAUCCAGCAUGACCAUGUCAUCUACACCAUUUACUCAACAUUCGGGGCAUUUUAUAUCCCUUUGACUUUGAUCCUGAUUCUAUAUUACCGGAUUUACCACGCGGCCAAGAGUCUUUACCAGAAAAGGGGAUCAAGCCGCCACUUGAGUAAUAGAAGUACAGAUAGCCAGAAUUCUUUCGCAAGUUGUAAACUUACACAGACUUUCUGUGUGUCUGACUUCUCCACCUCAGAUCCUACCACAGAGUUUGAAAAGAUCCAUGCUUCCAUUCGGAUCCCCCCCUUUGACAAUGAUCUCGAUCACCCUGGAGAACGCCAGCAAAUUUCCAGUACCAGGGAACGCAAGGCAGCGCGCAUCCUCGGACUGAUUUUGGGUGCAUUCAUUUUGUCUUGGCUUCCAUUUUUUAUCAAAGAGUUAAUUGUAGGUCUGAGCAUUUACACUGUAUCCUCUGAAGUGGGUGACUUUUUGACAUGGCUUGGUUAUGUUAAUUCUCUGAUCAAUCCAUUGCUGUACACAAGUUUUAAUGAAGACUUUAAACUGGCUUUUAAAAAGCUCAUUAGAUGCCGAGAGCAUACUUAGUUUGUAAAAGGCCAAAAGGCAUGACUUUUUUCAGAGCCCCUGCAGUACAUAGGGGUAGGGGGUGCAAAGUGUUAAUUCUUGAACAUGCUUGGUUCAGGAGUUUGUAAGUAUGUGAGAUCUGUUUAUUUCUUUGUUUUGUCCUUUCUGUUUCAGUUUGUUAUUGUACUGUCUUGUACCUCUGGUCUUAUCUGUGGUACAUAAUUUGAAAUAAAUAUUAUCAUACCAAAACAUAAAUUACAUAGAAAUAAUAAUGAAAUGACAUAAUAAAUAUUUUUAUGUUUAUUCUAGAUAUUUCAGCUAAACCUGCAAUUAAAUAAUACCCACCUAAA